CAGCAGCCUGUGAGUGUCUUAUUACUGGGACCCUUCUUCUACUGACUGGGCAUGGAUUGAAACCUUUGAAUCAAGGAGGGUUUUCGUGUCUGCUUAUUUGAAAAAAUGGAGAAGGAUACACCGUCUGCACCCUCUGUCAACGCUACAGAUUCAUGCCCUGUCCUGAGGGGACCCCCUCCUUCAGCUUCCAGACAGAUUCCUUCUACCCUCAUGCCUAAUAACCCUACUGCACCACCUCAUCCUAACCAGUUACCUUCUCAGUCAAAUCCUGGAAAUAUAUCUGAUUCCUCUUCAUCACCCAUUCAAACUGUCAUUUUGGAGAAAUCAAAGUCAGUCCCUUUUACUCCAUCUGUGUCAAAGCAGUUCACUGCUGAAGGAGCUGAAAAACCUCAACUGGCCUCUUCCAACAUGUCAUCUUCUUUGGAGUUCGGAUCUGCCUCUCCUCCAUCACCUAGUCCUGGCUCAAACACGAUGACUGAAUCCAUCACAUCACCCUCUGGAGCUGCCUCUACUAAACGCAACUUUGCCUCUGUAGCCAAGAGGGUAAUAAUGCAGGAGAGACUCAGGAGAGCAGAGGAAGAGGAUGCAGACGAGGAUGAGGAUGAAGAAGAACCAGAAGUAGAGCUGAGUUUGGAGCAGAUGGAGGAGAAGGCCAACACGGGUGAUGCAAGGGCUCAGACCCAGUUGGGUCAGCACUUUUUGAUCCUUGCUGAAGAAAAAGACCCAGACUUUAACAACCACCUAGCAGUUAACUGGCUAAUCAAAGCAGCCAAACAGGGAAGAAAGUCUGCUGCAAGACUUCUUCAGCGUUGUUGGAUUCAGAAAAAAGGUAUAACACCAGAAAAUGAGGCUGACGUGCGCAAGUUGUCUAAGGAGGGUAAGUUUGAGUUGGCAGUACGCAAAGCAGCCAUGAUGAUGUACUGGAGACUCAACCCGGAUAGGAAGAAGAAGGUGGCUGUCUCUGAGCUUCUACAGAAUGUCAGCCAGGUCAAUUCAGUCCAGGCAGGGGGCACAGCAAGCAGAAUGCUUGCCCCAACUUCGGGCCAAACUCAGAAAGUAUUAGAGAGCAUGGUCAGCAAUGACUCCAAACAGUUGGUGGACCUGGAUGACUUUGUUGAGAUGACGAAAAUGUAUGCAGAGGGAAUUGUCCCUAGUACCCCUAAAAAUGGCAGCCAGUCCACAUUGAAAACUAGGCACCCCUCCCAGUCUGACAAGUCAGAGGUACUCCCGAAAGAACAUAAGAAAGCCCGGAAACAUUCUUGGAGCUUUGGUUACAGUGGGAUGAUGCCAGACGCUGACCAGGCCAAUGCCAUGAAGUCACACUUGAUGACGCUGCAAUACCCGCUCCAUGCAGUAAUAGAGAUGAAGGAGCAUCUCUUUGACUGGGCAUCGAAGGCCGGAGUUCAGUGGUUGAGCACUCUCAUCCCCACACAGCACGUCAAUGCGCUCAUUUUCUUCUUUUUCAUCAGCAACUUGACUGUUGACUUGUUUGCUUUUGUUAUACCCCUGCUUGUCUUCUACCUGUCCUUUGUCUCCAUGAUUAUCUGCACUCUGAGGAUAUUCCAGAGCAGCAAGACAUGGGAGAACUUUAGAGCCCUGACAACUCUGCUGACUCGUUUUGAACCGGGUCUUGACGUGGAGCAGGCUGAGACCAACUUCGGUUGGAACAACCUGGAACAAUACGUUUAUUUUAUAAUUUCUGUCUUCUUUGUCAUUUUCUCCUUCCCCGUUGCUGAUAAGAAAUGGAUCCCCUGUUCUGAGCUCUCCACUGUGGCCAUAUUCUUCACCGCUCUCAGCUACUACAGCCUUAGCCCGGCUGCAGCAGCAUAUGCACGUCAGGCAAUGUUCAUAGAGGUUGCCUCGAAUCUGUGUUGCCUGACUCAACUUCUGCCAGAGAACAUGACAACACUUCGGUUUUGUGGACAUACAUUUGCCACAAUCCCACUGGGGGAAUCUGUGGUUCUGAAGCUCAGCAUCCCUUGCCUUCUAUAUGUCUACCUGUUUUACCUGUUUUUCAGCAUGGCACGAACUCGUGGAUUUAGGGGGACGUACUGUUUUCUGAUUCCAUACCUUGUGUGCUUCAUGUGGUGUGAAUUUUCAGUGGUCCUCCUCCAGAAUUCAUCUGCCGUGGGAUUAAUCCGUACCUGCGUCGCAUACUUUCUGUUCCUGUUUGCCCUUCCUGCUCUGGUUUUUGGCCUUGCCACCAUGCUGUUCAUCCAGAUCUUCAAGUGGUUCAUAGAGCUAGAGCUGACAAAGGUGAUUGUGACCCUCGUGAUAUGUGCAAUCCCUGUCACUUUGCGGCUCUGGACACGGUUCAGCACCUCUAUUUUGAAUGUUUUCCGCUCCUUGAUGCACUGGGGUCCAGUCAAAUUCAUCCUACUCUGCAUUUCCAUGGUGAUUUUGUUGUUCUCAGUUUAUGUAUACCAUGCAGAAGGACAGAAGGUGUACAACUCCACCCUGACAUGGAACCAGUACAGUCAGAUUUGUGGGCCUCCAGCAUGGGAGAGCAAAGGCAUGGCCCAGACACAGAUCUUCUGUAGCCACCUGCAAGGACACAGAGUCACUUGGACUGGGCGCUUUAGGCACACCCGCAUUGCUGAGACAGAAAAUGGAGCACAGUCUGUCAUUAACAUACUGCCAGUGUUUAUUGGGGACUGGAUGCGCUGCUUGUAUGGUGAGACAUAUCCCAAGUGUGAGCCAAAGAAUACAACACUGGCAAACAACUCAGUAGCAGAAAAAACAAACAGUUCUUCGUCGGCUUCAGUUUCUCUAGCCACGCUGCUUCAAAUGCAAGAAGAAGAGGAGUUGUGUCAAGUAAAAGCUUUAGCCAAACACUCCUGCCAUGUCAAGCGGUUCGACAGCUACCGAUUUGAAGUGACAGUGGGUAUUAUCCAGGAUGGAAGUUCAGGGUUAGGGGAUCCAGCCAAAGAUAUAAUCUUAAUGGCUAGCAAUGAAUUUAAACAAGUUCUGCUUAAUCUGAGACCUGGUAACAUAGUGGAGUUCAGUACUAAGCUGGACGGCCGUUUAGGAACAAAGGCUCCAGCCUUUGAGCUUAAGGCUAUCCACUGCCUCGACUGCCCCUCCUCACGGCUGACUGGAGGCCGGCAGGUGAAGAUUGAGAGAGACUUCAGGCGUACCACAAUUAAAGCCUUGAAGUUUGCUUUUGACUUUUUCUUCUCACCGUUUCUAUCAGCAAAAAUCCAUACUUGAGGUGAAGAAGGAAACACCAAAUCUUAUUAUAAGAACUUGAUGAAAUCUCUGUAACUACCUUUUCUUGUAAAGAAUGUUCAAAACCAAUUGAACAUAUAACUUGUAGAUGGAUGGAGCAUAAAUUACUAAAUCAUGCAAAUGUAAUGCAUUGUAAUUACUGCACAUGUUCAGUAUUGCAAUAGAAUUGAUGCAACUGAAAUACUGACCCAGGGAUGAUAUUAUGUAAUCUUAUUCAACACUCUUCAGACACUUCUACUGUAAAAUAAUGUGACUCUUUAAAGAAUCCAAAUUAUUGACCACUGUGGGUAAAUCACAGAACAUUUAAAAAUUUAAUUCCAAGAUGGUUAUUGUCGCCUUUAAGUUAAAAAUAGAUUAUAAAACACAUUUCUUACAGUUAAAAAACUGAAACUAAUCAACUGAUCUGUUGUAUUAUAACAAUCUCAGCUAGGUUUUCUUUUGCAGAAAAAAAGUCUAUGCUAGCCAACACUGUUUCAUCAAUGUCAGCUGGUCUGUCCUCUGAUUUCCAAAGAGAAAAUAUGGUUAUGGGUUGGUGAUUGAGACAUCAAAUGUUUGCAAUGGGCUCCAUGCACAACUCCACCACUUCCUGAAUGUACGGUAGCUGCUUUGUUUCCUGUCUUUUUCUACUUUUUAUGCUUUUUCUAAUGGAUUAAUCCAAGAUUAAUUUGUUCAUCCAGUAGAUAAAGACAGGAAACAAAGAAGUAGUUGAGUUGUGCAUAGAGCCAAUUUUCCAACAAUGUUGCAUAAAUCUUUCCUGUGACAUCCACAGGUAAUGAAGUUUAUUUUAGCAUUAAUUUUAAAGCAAAAUCAAUUACAACUGCAUGCAAAUCUUAAUAUUUACUUCAACAGAGAAACGUUUGCAAUCACCUGUCGUAUAACUGUUAACUUUAAUUAGGCUGAUACAAUUUAUAAAAACAUAACAUACAUAACAUAACAGCCUUACUUUUACUGGAACAGAAAUUGUGUUUUCUGUAAAAUAAUUUUUGCUGUGUUAAGUUUGUUUUAUUUUACCAGAAUAAAGCAAGAACUGUAUUUUUUUUAUUAAUUAUCAAAUAUUAAUUUUACAAACUUGCAUGAUAAAUGUGCAUGAUGAAAAUGUAUUUCUAACUGUAUCAACCCUGAAUAUUCCUUUUUAAUAUGUGCUGUAGUUCAAAGCCUCAAAACCUCUGGAGAAACAGAGAUGGUUGGUGUAUACAUAUGCUGCCAUGAAAUUACUGUGCUUGGAAAGGUUAAACUUGUCAAAUCAAUGUUGAUGCUGCUUGUUUUAUUGUAUGUUUUGAUAUUGUCUUUCAUAUAUUGUGUCUAUUUACAAUACAGUGUUUGUAUGCUGAAAAUUGUUGUUUUUAAUUGAGAAUCAUAUAGCAGAAUAAAGUACAAAGUAGAACAAGGAGGAAAGUUGUUUAAAAAAAGCCUUAAAGUUAAUGUUUAAUAUGAAGACUUUGUAAUCCAAAGAUGCCACUUAUCUCUCCAACUGAGAGAUUUAUUCUCUAUUAAUGUAUAUACCUUUAUAUAUUACAUAGAUUGGAAUAUACAUUCCAAUGAUGGGUCUUUGUCAGAUUAACAAUACAUUUUCAUAUAGCAUCCUGGAAGCAGGUAUUAAAUAUGCAUUUUACUAAGCUGACGUUUCUAUAUUAAAAUGUUGUUUUUUAUUAGCCUGAAGUACAAUUGCUGUCUUAAACAGUUUGGUUUCCUUACAUAUUUGCAGAAGACAUGAUUAUUAGCAGAAAUAAAGGUCUGAAAACAGUU